UGUAUUUAUCUGUGGUGAAGUUCCGCUCCGGCGCAGCAGGGGUCGCUGUGCACCAACGAGGAGUCCGCUCCUAACCGGAAGUUGGUCAGUAGGAAAUGAAGGAAGCAGGAGACAGCGUUGUGUCGAGGGAAUUUUAAGUUCUUUUUUCAUUGCACGGCCCCCCUACCCGCCCCUCCCCCCUUGACGCCCUGCAGGACCGUUGGGUCUCCGAGGAACCUGCAAACAUGCCGGCCGCUCUGCAAGACUCCAGCCAGAUGAUCUGUGAGGUCUGGGCGAGCAACGUGGAGGAAGAGAUGAGGAAGAUCCGGCAAGUCAUCCAAAGCUACAACUAUGUUGCCAUGGACACAGAAUUCCCCGGCGUGGUGGUCCGGCCCAUCGGCGAGUUUCGCAGCACGGUAGAUUACCAGUACCAGCUGCUGCGGUGCAACGUGGAUCUGCUGAAGAUCAUCCAGCUCGGGCUCACGUUCAUGAACCAGGAUGGAGAUUACCCCCCCGGCACGACCACGUGGCAGUUUAACUUCAAGUUCAACCUGACUGAAGACAUGUACUCCCAGGACUCCAUAGACCUGCUCCAGAACUCGGGUCUGCAGUUCAAAAAGCAUGAAGAGGAAGGAAUCGACACGCUGUACUUCGCCGAGCUCCUCAUGACGUCGGGUCUGGUUCUGUGCGAGAACGUCAAGUGGCUCUCCUUCCACAGUGGUUACGACUUUGGCUACCUGGUGAAACUCCUGACGGACUCGCGGCUCCCGGAGGAGGAACACGAAUUCUUUCAGAUCCUGAACUUGUUUUUUCCUGCAAUUUACGAUGUGAAGUAUUUGAUGAAGAGCUGCAAAAGUCUGAAGGGGGGGCUGCAGGAAGUGGCCGACCAGCUGGAGCUGAAGAGGAUUGGUCGGCAGCAUCAGGCGGGCUCGGACUCGCUGCUCACGGGCAUGGCGUUCUUCAGGAUGAAGGAGCUGUUCUUCGAGGACAACAUCGACGACGCCAAAUACUGCGGGAGGCUGUACGGCCUCGGCUCCGGCUCCAGUCAGCCGCAGAACGGCCUCGCCGGCUCCACCGCCGAGGAGACCAACAACAAGCACUGAGCGCCCCCCAGCCCGACUGUUUUAAAGCCAACCAGCAGCUCCACCUUCGUCACUACACACCCCGGUGGGAGCCCCGCCCCUGCAGAGGCCCCGCCCCUUGCAGUCUGCAGAGGCCCCGCCCCCGGGCUGGCUCUUUCUUUUAGUCCCUUUUUACUUCCUUUCAGGCCAAACCCUUUUAAACGCCUCAUUUGCAGCAUGGGACCAGGAGGAUUCUGCGCUCUCGGCCCCCCAGCAGGAUCGGCCUAUGAACAUGUUUUAGCUCGGUCCACGCCGACGGGACCAGACUCUUCCGCUCAGCGUUUUUACAUUCUGCAUCGUUUCCAACAGUUGUACAUUAAAUUGUUUUGUAUUUUCAGUGUAAA